CCCUGUCAGAGGAAAGCUUUGCAGUGUCUCAAGUGUUGGUCAAGCAGCCUGAGUACUUUCAUUAAAUUGAAAUUUAAGAAACAGCUAUUUGUGGAAGCCAGACUAGUUCUUUCAUCUAUUUGGAUCAGCUUCUGAGCACCUGCUGGAAGUGUUGCUGUUCUGGACCCCGAUGUCCUGGUGUAGCCCCAUUCAGCUCACACUGACCCUUCAGAGCUUGCAAAGACUCAGGGGUCAAACAGAAAGCUGGAUGCAAUGUGGCCUGGUGCUGGAUAAAAACUAUUAUGGAGUCAUGGGUGUCCCAUCUGCAGAUGCAUUCCAAAUAUGUAAGAAUACUCAAAAGUGAUGGCUCCAAAGGAAAGUUUGAAGCUUCAAAAGCCAAGUGCUCUCCUGUGCUGAUCUGCUUCCUUCUCCAAGGAAAUCUGCAGAGUUUCACUUGAUAUUCAAGAAUGCACAGACAUAAGACCACUCCCCCAAAAUAAUGGUCUGCAGAAAGAAGGUACAUUCAAGGAUCCAAAUAGUGAGGAGCUCUCUAUGCAAAUGUGGAACCACAACCAAGUAAUUCUGGAGAAAGAUGUAGCGGCAAGAAACCUCCAGGGAAGUUCAACAGCUGUACAACAAACCAGACAUUUUUGUGGGUUACAAGGUUACGAGUUGAGCCGUGAAUGCCCAGUGUUGACAGCAUAGAGAUCCCAUGUCUGCUUCUUGGCCAAAACAGCAAAGGAGUAAGAAGUUCAGUUAGCACAGAAGAACCUGCAAAGACAAUUUAUUCCUGCCCAGAAGUUCAGUGCAGCACGUCUGCAGCCAGUGUCUUACCAGCUAGAGAUGGUCCCAAAGGUGCAAAGGGUGAGCAGGAACAGAGCCAUGACCACUUAGCAAUACUGAGAAGAAUUGAGAGACCUAUAGAGUUUCCCUGGAAAAUAACUGAUGACUUGCAGAGACAAGUAACUGCUUUGGAAACAGAAGCACGGAUUUUGGAGGCUGAAUUAAAUAGACACAGAAAAGAGAGGACUGUGCUUCAUUCAAAUGGCAUCUGUACAAACCACAAAUUGGUUUGCAGGAACCUUCCAAGAAUAUUUCUGCACCAAAGCCUCUGCAAAAACUGCACCUUAACUAGCUUCAAAUCAGCUGAGAUGUAUCAAUCAAAGGUUGCUUUCUUUCAACUUUGUGUUCACUGUCCUGGAAAAAUCUGUGGGAAAUGGAAUUCUGUAAUAACUGUUAUCUUAAUUUUCAGCUCAAUAGUGAUGUGCUGUAACGAGCUCCCAAACAUGACCAGUGCCACGGUGACAGAUCUGCCUUUCAGGUUAAUAUCCUAUGCAUCAUCGGAAAUCAUGUUGUCUUACUCAUCCUACACCCUCAUAGCACUGGCUGCUUUGUUAGUGACUUGCCAUGCAUUGAGUAAACGCCCAGAAAUUUCUGGGCUGCCUGGUAUCCCUGGAAGGAAUGGUCUGAAAGGUCUGCCUGAUUCUCUGGCCAGCAAAUUUGCUUUAGCAAAUUUGAAGCACCGACUUUGCCAACUUGAGGCUGCGCUUGCUUUGAAUGGGAAAAUAAGAAAAGUAGGAGAGAAAAUACUUGCUAGCAAUGGGAAGAAAACUGACUUUGUGUCUGCACUGCAAUCCUGUGAAGAGGUUGGAGGAACUCUUGCAGCUCCCAAGAAUGAGGAGGAGAAUAAAGCUAUUAUGGACAUUGUGAAGCAGUAUAACCAAUAUGCUUACCUGGGCAUUAGAAAGGGGGAGAUUUCAGGUCAGGUUAAGUAUUUAAAUGGCAUGCCUCUGAGUUAUAGCAACUGGCACCAGCAUGAGCCCAAUGGCAAAGAGAAAGAGAAAUGUGUGGAGAUGUACACUGAUGGCACCUGGAAUGACAAAAAAUGCAAUAUGUACCGUCUCACAAUCUGUGAAUUUUAGAGAAUGGCCUUUCAGCCACCUCAGAGAAUGGAGAUAAUGAAGUAUCUGUGUUUCAGGUUGAUUAAAUUCCUGCAAUUUCUCUGUAUCCUAAAAUAUAAGAUGAAUCAUAUUGUGAUAUUUUUUAGCCUUAGGAAAAUGCCAAAUUUUCUAGGUGAUUAACAUGAUUAAAAUGUGCCUGAACUGA